CUCCUGGAUCUAUCUGAACACAAAGCUGCUCCCUCUCUCUCUCUCUCUCUCUCUUUUUUUCAAUGAGCAGCUCUGCGAAUGGAUUCAGUGUUUGUGAAGGUGCAGAAUUAGCGCACACACGCACACACACUCACACAAAGCGAGGAUCUGGACUGAAUUAAGGAGAGGCAGGAGUGUAAGAUGGCUGUCUGUGGGGAGACGUGUUAAGGAGGAUUUCUGCUGCCUGCCUUGGACAGAUCGGCUGCGGGGAAACUUUUCUUCCUGGGGGUGUCGUUCCGAGUCAAGGCUGCUCCUGCUCCAGCGCCGCGUUGCUCCUAACAGCUUGAUUCACAUCUCUCUGGCGUGCUGGGGAUAAAGCCACUAUAUAAUCUGGAGGGUUAAAGGCGUGCAGAAGAAAGUUAAUAAUGGCUGCUAAUGGUGCUAACAAUUCAGGGUGAAUCUUGUCAAAAGUUUUUUUUUUUUUUUCGUUUUUUUUUCUGGAAGUCUGUCUUUUGAUUGUGUGUUUCCUGAAAGCAAGACCAAUCAUUUCAGUUUAUUCACUGGCUAAACUCUACUUGAUUGGGGACAAGCACACAAACCAUCCAUUACGAUCUGAUAUAUUAUCCAAACAAUUUAGUGUAUUCAUGAGGUAACCUAAAUGUGGAGGCUGCAAAAUUACCCGUAAUCAAUGGAACCAGCGAGUGCGCGUCCCUCUGUGUGUCUAACCACCGCAUGUCUCGGUAAUAAGGCAGGCAUUAAAUCAUUUUAGAGUUGCACUGGCGAGUACCUGAUCACUGGGGCUCGGGGACGCUGGACAGUCACUCCAGGACGCCGGGAUCGAGGAAGCUCCUGCCUUGGCGGUGGGAUCCGACCCGACCAUCCUCCCCAAAGGUGCUCGCAGCUCCCCGGCGACCUGCCCCUGCGCCGUGCCAUAUUCCGCCUGCACCUCGUCGCCGCCUCCUCUCUUUUUACCCCGCUCCUUUUUUUUUUCGUUUUCUUCUCUUUUCUUCUUCUUUUUUUUUUUUUUUUAAUUAAUUAUUUUGAUUGCACUACAUGUUUGGGAAACAAGACAAAAUGGACGUUAGGUGCAGUUCAGAGCCUGAAGCGAACCGGGUCUCGAAGAACGGACACAAGGAGGGCAAGGACAGCAAAGGGUCUGAAGGAAAUAUUUCCACUUCUUUUUUGAAGGAGCAGCAAGGGACUUUUUCUGCCUCUGCAGCCUCGGAAGAUUGUAAUAAAAGUAAAUCUAGUCCGGCCGAUCCGGACUAUUGCAGGAGGAUCCUAGUUAGAGAUGCCAAAGGUUCAAUCCGGGAGAUUAUCCUGCCCAAAGGGCUCGACCUGGACCGGCCCAAGCGGACGCGGACCUCCUUCACGGCCGAGCAGCUCUACCGCCUCGAGAUGGAGUUCCAGCGCUGCCAGUACGUGGUGGGCCGCGAGCGCACCGAGCUGGCCCGGCAGCUCAACCUCUCCGAAACUCAGGUCAAGGUGUGGUUCCAGAACCGGCGCACCAAGCAGAAGAAGGACCAGGGCAAGGACUCGGAGCUGCGGUCCGUGGUGUCGGAGACCGCGGCCACCUGCAGCGUCCUGCGGCUGCUGGAGCAAGGCCGGCUGCUGUCCCCGCCCGGCCUGCCCGGCCUCCUGCCCCCCUGCGGUGUUGUCACAAAUUCAAGUGAACACUUAAUAAGUGCACUUAAAAUUAGGGUGACCAUGUGUCCCAGUUUAGCCAGGACUGUCCUGGAUUUUGGAGGCUGCCCUUGGCCAGCUGGUGAGAAUUAA